UCUGCUGUUCUGUGCAUGAUUAAGUUUGACACGCUGCUCAGUUGGCUGGCCAGGUAUUCCAAGAAUGCUGCACUGUCAAUACUUGUGAUCUCUUCUUAUUCCGGAAUGGGGUCGUUUGUUAGCAAAUGCAGGAAGAAAGGCAGCUUUCCCUGUCGCCUAGCAAUAAGCAGGGGAAACCUUGCAGCGUGUCUUUGUUUCCAGUGACUGAUAAUAACGAAAGGCACCCACAAAGGGGAAUACAAGCGACUAUUCAUAACCGUGGCAAAACAGUGUUCCCUUGUAUGAAAUGACAGUCAUGAUGCUGAUGUGCUGUCAAGCCAACUGUAACAUAUGGUGAUCCUUUCUCAGAGCUUUCUAGACGAUUCCCCUACCCAUUCCAAGAUGGAGAGCUCAGAUGCCAAUAAUAAAGGAAGCGUGGACCAGUCCGAAGCCCAGCGUCGGAGCCAGCUGGACCGUUUGGAUCGGGAAGAAGCUUUCUAUCACUUUGUAAAUAAUCUGAGUGAAGAGGACUACCGGCUGAUGAGGGACAACAACUUGCUAGGUACCCCUGGUGAAAUUACGGAAGAGGAGUUGCUAAGAAGGCUGCAGCAAAUUAAGGAAGGCCCGCCACAGCAAAACAUGGAAGACAACAGAGGUGCAGAGUCCACGGAGGAUGUAUCUAAUGGCGAUUCCAUCAUAGAUUGGCUUAAUUCGGUUCGACAGACUGGGAAUACAACACGAAGUGGGCAAAGAGGAAACCAGUCUUGGAGGGCAGUAAGCCGGACUAACCCAAACAGUGGGGAUUUCCGAUUCAGUUUGGAAAUAAAUGUUAAUCGGAACAAUGGGAACCCAAACCCAGAAACGGAGGGUGAGCCGUCCGUAGAACCGUCAAACGGAGAGGAGCUUGAAAAUCACCAAAGUGACACUGAGAUGCCCGGGGCUGAGUCUCCUCCACCUGUUGUUCAGCAGUCUGAUUCAGAAAUGGGUGUUCCCGAAGAGAUGAACGAAGACCUUCCUCCCCAGAGAGGCCAGAGAAGGUCAAGGAGUCGAAGUCCAGAACAGCGGAGGACGCGUGCUCGGACUGAUAGAAGUAGAUCCCCUCUUAAUCCAGUGAGCGAAUCUCCUCGCAGGGUGCAUCAGAGCACAUCCUCUCAGACCCCCGAGGUUCCCCCAGUGAGCGAAGCUGAAGGAAGCUCAAGGACAAGGCAACACAUGGUGAUCAGGCAGCACGCCACCCCGCCUGAGAUGCCCAGCGAAAACGCAGUGCUCUUUUCAACUCCCGAAGCCAGACCUGCUCCUCCGGUGGCCGGUUCCUCUGAAACCAACAGCAGCUCAGAGCCUGCAGCCCCCGGACAGAGGCCUCCGACAAUCGUCCUGGACUUGCAAGUGAGGCGUGUCCGUCCAGGAGAGUAUAGGCAGAGGGACAGCAUAGCCAACCGAACCCGGUCACGGUCCCAGACCCCGAACAAUACUGUCACUUACGAGAGCGAGCGCGGUGGGUUCAGGCGCACCUUUUCGCGCUCGGAGAGGGCUGGGGUGAGAACUUACGUCAGCACCAUUCGGAUUCCCAUUCGUCGGAUCUUGAACACAGGCCUCAGCGAGACGACCUCUGUGGCCAUCCAGACCAUGUUAAGGCAGAUCAUGACCGGCUUCGGUGAGCUCAGCUACUUCAUGUACAGCGAUAGCGACGCAGAUCCUGGAGGGCCAGCCCCCAAUGCCAGCGUGGAAACGACAGAGCCUCCGAACGGGGCUGGCGGUGGGCACGGCAGUUCAAGCAGCGAAGGUUCUGAGGCUGGCCCAGGGGAGGCCUUUGAAGGUGGCAACGAAGGGGGACCCACCGCCGGCACGAGGAGGGAAGGACGGAACGCCAGAGGGUCGGUGACCUUCGAAGAAAGCGGUUCCCUGCCCUUCCUCAGCCUGGCGCAGUUUUUCCUCCUGAACGAAGAGGACGACGACCAGCCCCGAGGGCUGACCAAGGAGCAGAUCGACAACCUCGCCAUGAGGAAUUUUGGCGAAAGCGAUGCCCUGAAAACUUGCAGUGUUUGUAUCACCGAAUACACGGAGGGGAAUAAGCUUCGGAAGCUCCCCUGUUCCCACGAGUACCAUGUGCACUGCAUAGAUCGCUGGCUGUCCGAGAAUUCGACCUGCCCCAUUUGCCGCCGGGCGGUCUUGGCCUCCGGGAACCGAGAGAGCGUGGUCUAAGCGAGCGUGGCGUGCGGACCUUUCAGCCGAGACCUGGGGAGCUAACUCAUUGACAAAGAAGCCAUUUUUCCGUGGCCCCUUCUGGUGUGGUGGUUCUCAGUGCUAACCAAGAGGUGGGUGCGGUGCUCCCACACGGCGGGGGGACCCACCAUAGAAGUGGAAGCUUCCUGAUUAAGGUCCCCCAACAUAACGCUAGAUUUGUGCUGUCAGUUUAAAUGAAAAAAAAAAGAAGCAGCAAAUCUCUCCACAUUGGCCCAAAGACACUUGUCUGUUAUCUGGUUUCUGUUUUGCAACACGACCAAGGCCCACGCCUUUCUUCCUAACCCUGGUCCGUCGUGAAUAUUGAAAAACCUUGACUCUCCUCUUCCUGGUGAGGAAUAGAACUGGAGUCCUUUGACUGCAUUCAGUUCGCGCUUCGUGGUGGAUUGAAACAGAGAGAAACUUGGCCACCUGGGCGGGACAGUGAAAUCGCACCCCCCUGUGUCUAAUUUUAGCUCCUUUCUUGUAUAGGGUAUUGAACAUUAAAUGUAAAUAACACUAACGUUAGCCCCUCUCCCACUGUACAGCUGUCUUAAGCCCAACACUAUGGGGUGCCAUAGAAUUUCUGAUAGUUUAAUGGGGAUAUUUAUCUUGCUGUGGAAAUAUAUUAAUUAAUUGCUUAUGCUUGUUUAAAUAAACACUUUUGUUUUAAAAAUGGUAAA